ACAAAUAUGUUAUUUCUUUUCUGACUAUAAUCCACCGUCUUUGCGAAGUGCCAUCCCCACACGCCCCUGCAUAGUCACGUGCUAUGCGGCACUACAAGGCAAGCUGCCGAUCACCUCGGCAGAUGAUUCACCCAGAAAAAGUGACGGUGGGAGCGCGCAAAAAAACCUGGCAGCUCCAGAAAUCUGUCCGCCGUGAUAAAGCAACACACACCCAGGGAUUGCCACUCCUUUCCCUCUCGACGUUAUAUUUCGCUGGUCGUUACAGUAUAACAGAGUUUCAUCCGUGCCAUUAUCCUAUAUAUCCAACAAUUGCUCUGUAUUGUGAUAUCUAAACCAUUGUCUACCCACGUACAGUAAUAUCGAUAAUCCUAACCGCUGCAGGCUCAACUGAUUAUUUCUUCUCGCUUCCAAAUACCUCCCCUACUUCCUCUCGACUACACAGGUAAUUUACCCUC